CCCAUUAAUUAUGGGCCCAAUACGCGUGAUUCGCUAUAAAUCUCUUUCCUCUGUUUUAGCCUUUUAGGUUUAGGGUUUUUCUGCAACUCUGUGUCUUCUUAGCUUCUACACUUGUCUACAAGCAAAAGACAUUGUUCUGAUUGUGAUUUGUUUUUCAUUAUAUUUGUAGAUGACAAAUAAAAAGGUGAAACUUGAUCUUGAAUCGGACACCAUUGUCGAUAAGAUUCAUCGUCAUGCUGACUUCUCAGACAAGUUAAUAAAUCUCGUCCCUGCGAGAAUCUACUUGUCCGACGAUGAUAAGGAAAUGAAGUGGUUUCAAGGUCUUAGAAAGGAAGAAAAAGUUAAUUCCAAGAGAGAAACAAUUGAAAACUUAAAGAAGGCUAAGAGAUAUAGAUUAGACCCUGAAAAAUCUGUUUUGACCACUCUUGAUUUGCAGAAACAGAAGCUGGAAAAGGAAAAAGAAAAGUUUGGUAUCAAGCCUAUGUUUCUUGGUUUUCAAGAAGAUGAUACAUUUGAGAAGAUGAGAGAACGCCGUCUUCAGAAGAAUAAAAGGAAUAGAGACUCAGGUUUGAAUGUUGUUGAAGAGGUUGUGAAGGAUCUUACUUAUGGUUAUGUUAAGAUUGGGGAUGAUGACGAGGAAUACGGGAAAAACAGAAAGAAGGAAAGAGUUUCUAAGGCGACAGAGCUUGAAAUGGCGAUGAAGUUAGAGGCUUUGAAGAAAGAUCCUAAGAAAGGAGAUUUUGUUGCAAAGAAGCACUCGUGGAAAGCGGCUAUUAGCAGAGCUGCUGGUAUCAAGAUUCGUGAUGAUCCAAAGCGAUUGAAGCAGAGAAUUCGCAAGGAAAAGAAUAGGCGCGAGAAGAAUGCAGAGAAGUGGAAGGAAAGAGUUGAAGUGCAACAGAAGGUUAGGGUAGAGAAACAGCAAAAGAGAUCAGAGAAUAUUAGUGAUAGUAACAUAUUUGAGUAUGUUUCUCUGUUUCACUAUACAUUGAAUUAGGAAUGCUUUUGUAAGA